UUAGAAAUCGAAGAUGACGAUAGAAAAUCUCUCAAAGACCUGGCUGAAUAUUGUCGUGAACAGGAUGAUAUUCUUGAAGAUCAAAUUAAACAAGUUGAAAAUGAAUAUCGUAAUCAUACGCCAAUAUGGUGGUAUACAGCUGAAACAUUCAUUUAUCCGAUGCUUAAUCGUGGACUUCGAUUUAUGGAUAUUAAUAUUAUACUCAAAAUGGGCUUUUUCAUCCGCCAUCUACAUCAACAUAUUACAGACUUACAUCGUGAACAGCAAAGUAGCAAAGCAGCCAUGCCAUCAAAAUUUCAAGUUUUUCGUGGUCAAGGCUUAUCCAUGGAAGCCUUUGAAAAAAUGAAGAAAACCAAAGGUGGACUUAUGUCCUUUAAUAAUUUUUUGUCGACAAGUCGUAAUCGUGAUAUUUCUUUCGAAACCUUUGCACGACCAGCAGCAUUCAAUGCAAAUACAGUUGGCAUCCUUUUUGUUAUGAACAUCGAUACGGCCAUUUGCACAGCUUCAUCGACACCUUUCGUCAACGUGAAAAAUGUUGGCUUCUUCGACGAUAAAGAAGAAGAAAUUCUUUUUUCGACACAUACAAUUUUUCGCAUCGAUCGUAUAGAACAUAUUGAAGAUAAGCAUACAGAUCGUCUCUGGCAAGUCAAUCUCACCCUCGCUGGUAAUCAAGAUGAUGAUUUUAACAAACUUACAGCACAUUUACGCAAAGAGCAUAGUGGGGCCACAGGGUGGACUCGCCUAGGCCACAUAUUUAUUAAGUUGGGUGACCCUGCGAAAGCAGAACAACUUUAUAAGACUCUCCUCGAAACGGCGUCUUCUGAUAAGCAAAAAUCAGAUUACAAUCAUUACCUUGGUUGGUUGUAUACUGAUAUGGGCGAAUACGCAAAAGCAAUUAUAUUUCACGAAAAAUCACUCAAAAUCAAAGAAAACACCACUCCUCAAAAUCUUCUCGACUUGGCUGCUUCCUACAGCGAGAUCGGUGCAGUGUAUUAUAACAUGGGCGAGUACUCGAAAGCACUUUCAUCGUACGAACGAUCACUUGAAAUCCGAAAAAUAGUUCGCCCUCCGAAUCAUCCCGACUUGGCUGCUUCCUACAACAACAUCGGUUUGGUGUAUGAUAAGAUAGGCGAGUACUCGAAAGCGCUUUCAUCGUAUGAACGAUCACUUGAAAUCAAAAAAAUAGCUCUCCCUCCGAAUCAUCCCGACUUGGCUUCGUCCUACAACAACAUCGGUUUGGUGUAUGAUAACAUGGGCAAGUACUCGAAAGCACUUUCAUCGUAUGAACGAGCACUUGAAAUCUGGAAAAUAGCUCUCCCUCCGAAUCAUCCCCACUUGGCUUUCUCUUACACUGGUAUCGCUUUGGUGUAUAAUAACAUGGGCCAGUACUCAAAAGCACUUUCAUCGUCUGAACGAUCACUUGAAAUCCGAAAAACAGCUCUCCCUCCGAAUCAUCCCUCGUUGGGUACUUCUUACAACAACAUCGGUUUGGUGUAUGAUAACAUGGGCGAGUACUCGAAAGCACUUUCAUCGUACGAACGAUCACUUGAAAUUCAUAAAAUAGCUCUUCCUCCGAAUCAUCCCGACUUCGCUCAAUCCUACAACAACAUCGGUAUGGUGUAUUAUAACAUGGGCGAGUACUCGAAAGCACUUUCAUCGUACGAACGAUCACUUGAAAUCCAAAAAAUAGCUCUCCCUCCGAAUCAUCCCCACUUGGCUUCCUCUUACACUGGUAUCGCUUUGGUGUAUAAUAACAUGGGCCAGUACUCAAAAGCACUUUCAUCGUCUGAACGAUCACUUGAAAUCCGAAAAACAGCUCUCCCCCAAAAUCAUCCUGACUUGGCUACUUCCUACAACGAUAUCGGUUUGGUGUAUGACAACAUGGGCGAGUACUCGAAAGCACUUUCAUCGCAAGAACGAUCACUUGAAAUUCGAAAAAUAGCACUUCCUCCGAAUCAUCCCGACUUCGCUCAAUCCUACAACAACAUCGGUAUGGUGUAUUAUAACAUGGGCGAGUACACGAAAGCACUUUCAUUUCUCCAAAAAGGGCUCGAGAUACGACAAAAAUCACUGCCACCAAACCAUCCGCAUAUUGCACAGUCGCAAAGAAACAUUCAAAAUGUAAAAAAGAAAAUGUAAUUGUUUUUUUUAAACGAGAAAAUAAAAUGGCCUUCUUGAACAUGUUUGGCUCGCCGAGGCGCACCAACUACAAAAAUUUCGCGCACACGCGAUUAGGGAUACCCUCCGUAUUCUGUUGGGUUGUACAGUGGACAAAGCCUACAAUAAUAAGGCAAACAGACAUUUAUGCAUGUAUGACUAGUACAUCCAUGAUCAGCAUCUUCGGAAAGACGAUGAUCAGAUGGACGCUUCUAGUCAUACAUACAUAGAUGUAUGUUAUGAGGGCCUACCAUCUGCACGCCUGUACAGGUUACCAACAGAACGUCGGAUAUCCCUGGGAAGGUUCGUUUUGUUUUAGAGCCACCCUCGAAAGCUCCGUUUGUUUUAAAUUUUUUUCUUCCUCUGUUACGAAGAACGAGAAGAAGCAGAAACGAAAAGACACGAAGAAAGACGACGUUGACGGAAUUUUAAUACGCAGCGUAUGAUGACAACCGGUUGUUUUGACUCAUGCUGUGAUAUCGACUGCACGAUAUCUAUGUCGUCUUUACACAUGUUAUGUUCAAUUUAUUUUUCUUUUCAUCUGGAAUGUGUAAGAACAAAUGAGAUGUCGUGCACUCAUUAUCAAGCUAUACGAGUGAUGACUGAAAGAAAGAAGAACACAAAAAAAAAUUAUCAACUAUUCUCUUUGAUUAGUAACAUACACAUAUAUAAGCGAUAAUUGAAAGAAGAAAGUGGAAAAGAAAUUUUUAUAAAUUUAAUUAUUUUUGUUACUUAUUACGUAACGUUUUACAAAAGUACUAUUUUACGAUCAUAUUGAUUGAAUAUAAUAUUAAACAGAAGUUCAAAUAGAUCAAGUGCAGUAGGUGAUUUUUUUUAA